AUGGCGGAAAAGGAUGCAACAGUAAGAUUGCGCCGAGCCGUCAAAGAAAAUAAUCUGUUUCUAGUACGGAGGCUCAUUCAGCGCACAGAUAUGCGGAACCCAGACCCAUCGCCGAGGCGCUACACUUCUUUGGCAUGGGCAGCGGUGCUUGGCCACGAGGAAACCUUUGAAUUCUUAUUGGGCGAAGGUCACGAUGACGAGGAACUCAGUAGGGACUCCGAGAACAACACCAUCCUUAUGCUACUGGCCGACUACCAACCGCCAGUGCAGAACCCGUAUAUGAGCCGAUCCGCAAAUUCCGAGGACCUUAUUGGCGCUGCACUCCGGAUGGCCCGACUAUACUACGACCGCUAUUCUCACAUCCUCGACUGGUCGAAUGUGUCAGGGAGGACCGCGCUUCAUAUUGCUGCUCUCAAGGGACACGAGGAAAUGGUUCGAAUGUUCUGCGACCUGGGUGCAGAUAUUGAUCUGUCUGACAAUUCAGGCAACACGCCGCUUCACUAUGCGAGUUCAUGGGGGCAUAUACCAGUAGUUCAACUCCUCAUCGAGAGGGGUUGUCAAUACGCGGCGCGGAACAACGAAGGCUUCACUGCAUCCGAUUACGCAUAUUCAUUUAGCACGCGUGACACCUUGCAGGACACGGCACGUAUGCAAUUUGAGCAUAACAAGAAGCUACGACGUCUUGUAUUUACUCAGGCUGCUGAGAAGGGUCACGAAUGGGGUGGUGGCCCUCCGACGAACAGUACGACGCUGCCGGUACCGCGCAUGCGCAGUGGUUCUGGCACAAGCCGGACGACCGCUACGUCUGAUAGUGGGGAGUUGGACGGAUCCUUCGCACAGUAUAGUCAAUCGUCGCUGUCGUCGUCGCCCCCUCACCCGUCCGCCUCAAGCUUCUUCCACCCAUCCCGAAGUCACACCCACUCGCCGAAUCUCUCGUCGGCAAGCAGCGCUAGCACUUUCUCAGCGCUAUCGCCCAUGCCUCCAAGUGCCUCCCGCUUGAAUAACGCGUCCGCACUUGCAUCUGCCUUAUCCCCAGUGGCCACAAAGAUGCGAGAACGGGACGCAUCUGCCAUGGAGCGGUACAUGCGGCGGAACCGAAGUGGAAGUCAAGGGACUUCGUCAGACAACAAAUCCCAAAACGAAUCCAUCGCGCCGUCAGCCAGCGGAGACGAUUCCGUCCUGACACCCCUUCCGUUGACCGGUUCAACAACUCCUCGGAGGUUAAGACCUUCUAUGUCUGCUGCCCAACUGAGACCGACACCUGUGUCGUAUUCUACAGCAGGUCAACCUGAGCUUCGAAAUAGAUCCGGCACGAGUCCGACAACGUCGAGACCUAAUGUUGCAUCCAUUCCCAUACUCACACGGUCGUCUUCGCAAUCCAAUACGCCGCUUCCUUUGACGACUGCGAACGGCCCCGUCUUUGACGAGCCCGACAAAUAUACCGGGCCGCCCAGCCAGUAUGCUCAGUUUCCGGAACCACCCUCGAUUACAGAAUCUGAAUCAAAUACAACCACACCAACGCGACGGUUGGGAUUCCAUCAUCGAUUGACCAAAGCUGUCCCUUCCGAGCUUCCCAGCGCAUCUGUUCACAGGCGAGGUUUAUCCGCGACUGCUGUCCGCAAUGGCUGA